CAGAGAAAGCAGAUUUAUCCCAUGUACACUAUUGGUCAAUCCGAGAGGUUAAAGGUUGAUAUGUAAAUAUCCAACAUGGCGGCGCCCAUACAUGACAUGUUUUCUCGCUGCGUGGAUCCUGCCGAAGCCAGUAAUUGCGUGGAGGUCCGAUUUAUCGAUAAUGUCAAGGGUAAAGGAUUAUUUGCGAAAAAAACCUUCAAAAAGGGUGACCCCAUUUUUAUUGAGCAACCUCUAGUGUCAUCUCAGUUCUUGUGGAAUGCCUUGUACAACUACAGAGCGUGUGAGUACUGUCUGCGUGCUCUGGAGACAGCGGAGGAGAACGCCAGGCGCUUGAGCGGUCUGCCGGCUCUUGGUCUGCCUCAGCCGGAGCUGUGUAAAGUGCGUCCGGAUCGACACCAGGCCUGUCCACACUGUCAGGUGAUGUACUGCAGCGCUGAGUGCCGGCAGGCUGCUCAAGAUAAGGGACGCUGGCAGAGGCUGUUCUCUCAUUUUUGUAGCCGUACAGCAAACGAAGAGGAGGAAAUAGUUCAUAAAUUGUUGGGAGAGAAGUUUCAGGGCCAGCUGGCCUUGCUGCGUGAUCUCUUUACUACAGCGCUGUACGAGGAUGGUCUCAGUCAGGGCCAGCUGGCCUUGCUGCGUGAUCUCUUUACUACAGCGCUGUACGAGGAUGGUCUCAGUCAGUGGUUCACCCCAGACGGUUUUCGCUCUUUAUUUUCCCUUGUUGGGACCAAUGGUCAGGAAACCGGCGAUUUCCUCAACUGCGAGGGCUCCGGUCUUUUCCUGCUGCAAAGCUCUUGUAACCACAGCUGCGUUCCCAACGCAGAGGCGUCUUUCCCCGACAACAACUUCCUCCUCCACCUCGGCGCCCUCAGCGACAUCAGCCCCGGAGAGGAGAUCUGUAUCAGCUACCUGGACUGCUGCCAGCGAGACCGGAGUCGUCAUAGCCGGCACAAGAUCUUGAGGGAGAAUUACUUAUUCGUCUGUUCCUGUCAGAAGUGCAUGUCCCAGAUGGAUGAUGCAGAUAUGACAUCCGAGGAUGAGGAGGGAGCUGAAGGCGAAACGGAGGAUGAAAUGACCGAUGUGUGAUUUCACUCCGGUUUCUCGGCUCAGACCUGUUUGUCUGUGGACCUUUCCGAUGUGAUCCUGACCCCGUCACUGGGCCUAAUAUCUGCAGCAGCUGAGAAACCAACAUCACACUUACAGUCUGGCUGUUAUAACCCUAAUAUCAAAGCCUAUGCAAAAUAUAAGUGCGCUGUUUUUAUCAUGUGCUUUUUUGUCAUGAUUUCUACCAUGCAUAGGAUGCAAGAGGACACUGGUUUCAUGUGCAGGAUCGGUUAAACAUUUUUUGGUUUUGACCCCAUGAUGUGCUCGAUAAAGCAAGUAGCUCCAAACAAAAACUGUGACCAAGCAUAAAACAUGAUCUGUUUGUGCACUUAAUGGGUUAUAUUAUACAAUAACCUUUCAAAAGAACAUGAAUUGAACAUGAACUGGAGAAACUGUACAGUCAGCGGAUCAAGAGAAGUGUUCAUGUUACUUUAAAGUGACUGUAAAUCAACCAGAAAUCAAAACUGACCCUGUUUACUUAUUCUAUACACAUAACUUCUCUUUAUAAUCUUAUGUAUGCAAAGAUUUGAUCCACCUUUCAAACGAUUUUUCUUUUCAGCUGACGUCACUUGGGUCACAC